CUCAGCACAGCAUGGAGCUCAGUACAAAGGACACUCAUCACCCUAAAGGUGACCCCAUUGGCUUUGAGGAUAAUCACGUUACGACUGCACAAGAAAAACCAAUGAAUGAAGUACCAGAGAAUGAAGCUCUGAUUCCCAGGCAUGCCACAGAUAGGAUUUUUUUUAUUGAUUUAGCCAAUAAGCAGCUGCAAAUCAUCCCACCUGAGGUCUUCAGUCUAGAGCAUCUGGAAGAGCUGCACAUGGAGAAGAACCUGAUAGUGAACAUCCCGAAAGAAAUAAAACUCCUGAAGAACAUGAAGGUUCUCUACUUGGAUCACAAUCACAUAAGGGAAAUAUGUGAAGAGCUGGGGAUGUUGAAAAGUAUUCUGAGCUUAGAUUUAAGUAACAACCCCCUCUCUUACAGUUCUCUGCAGGUAAUCAGCAACCUGCAGUCCCUUCACCAGCUCAGGCUCUAUCAAAUAAACUUGCAUGAAAUCCCAGUGCAGAUCUGCAAAUACCUCCAUCUCAUUGAACUUCUUGGGCUUUCUGACAAUCAUCUACAGUGUCUGCCAAAAGAAACAGUGAACCUGAAAAAACUCAAGGAAAUUUACCUCAAAAACAAUAGAUUUGACAAAUUUCCCAUCGAGCUUUGUAAAAUUGUUGGUUUAGAAAUAAUAGAUCUGGAACAAAAUCUCAUCAGUCACAUCCCAGAAGAGAUAGGCUCUCUGACAAACUUAGUUAAGCUAUUUUUAGCUUUUAAUAACUUAUCUUCCAUUCCUCCCACGCUGCAACACUGCCAGAAGCUGGCGGUGCUGGAUCUGUCUCAUAAUCCCCUGCACAAGCUUCCCCCAGUUUGGAACAAUCUCACUGAAAAGAGUGAACUCGGCCUGUCUGAUAACAGCCUGGAGGAGCUGCCAGCCCAGACAGGCUCUUGGACAUCACUUACCCAUGUUUAUCUGAGGAACACCGGGCUGCACAGAGUUCACCUGUCCUGCACCAGCCUAACCAGCGUCAGGGUGCUCGAUCUGAGUGAAAACUGCUUUGAUGAAAUUCCCAAAGGAAUAUGCUCCAUGAAAAACCUGGAGAUAUUGAACCUGGAUGACAAUCAAAUACAGGAGAUACCAGCAGAAAUACAAGAACUGACAAAUUUAAAAUGCCUCAGCCUGUCCAAAAAUCAAUUCAACAACUUUCCAAUGGAAAUCUUUCUCGUGGAGUCAUUAGAGAAAUUAUAUCUGGGACAAAAUAAAGGAGUUAAACUGACAAGUCUGCCAGAAGAUAUCAUCAAACUGCAGAAUCUGAAAGAACUGCAUAUAGAGAAUAAUUGUCUGGAGCACCUGCCCCCAGCUGUUGGCUCACUGACCCACUUGAGAAUACUCGACUGUCACAACAAUCUCCUUAAGAAGCUCCCAGAGUCUCUAGGCCAAAUGCAAGGGAGAAUGCAGGGGUGCUUUACAUCAUUCCUGUCCUUCGUAUUGCAGCUGUCUGCUUUUGUGUGCUCAGGUUUGCAGAAACUGCUCCUUCAGAACAAUCAGCUGUCCAGGCUGCCUGAGGAUUUGAACAGCCUGAAGCAGCUGCAGGAGGUCCUUGUGGACGGGAACCCUAUGACAGACCCUCCCAUUGAAGUGUGCAGUCAGGGGACAUCUGCCAUUCUGCAGUACUUAUGGCAAAAAAGACAUAAAAAAGCCAAGGCUUCAAAGAUCCAAAAUAUUUGGCAUGGGCUGAUUACAAAGAAGGGGAUCAGACCUUUCUUGGCAUUUAAAAGCAUGGCAGACAAAAAAAAGGAAAAGAAAGGAAAAGAAAAAGGAAAACAGAAGUCUGGAAAAGAAGCAAAAGCCAAAAAGUGAUUCUUGUGCAGUAAGCUGAACAGAACCCUGUCAGCUGCAAGAGAGAAGUGAGUACAAAACAGACAGCAUUAAAGCAUUUGCAUCAGUGGAUACUCUAAUGAAAACUGGUGAUUUUUUUAGGGCUGUUUCUGAACUUCCAGCUACUUCAGCUGAAUAAGGCAGAUUCUGAAACAGUCUGGGAUUUCUCAUCCUGAAUGGAUGUUAUCUUGAAGCACAGAGGCAGAUGAUUACCUGGAAAUUAAUCUCAUCUGCAGGAAUCCAGUGCAAUGAACUGUUUGUUGUUAUGAAUUCCAAGUAUUUUACAUGUAAUCCUUAGAAAGUUGUUUUCCAGUUGGUGAGGUUUGUCCAUCUCUAGACUAUAAACCAUACCUGUAGCCUUAUACAUACUGGCACUUAUUUACUGUCUUUUAUGUUUAUAAACAAAACCUUGUUUGGAAACAUGGAGGAGGAUUCCCAGCAGUCAGAACAUACCCACACCUGCCACGAUCUGCACAACACUUCUGCCUUACAGGAGUGUGAAAAGCUGUUUCAAAGUACCUCCAAGUAUCUCCAUCUUCUGCAAAAAUGUUCCCUAACGUUUUGACAAUCUUAGUUGCAGUGUUGUGAAUGACUGCAAGCUGUCAAAUCCUAGUGCUACAGCCCAGCUCUGAGAUGGCUUGCUUACAGUUUGUAAGAUGUCUGUGUACAACAGGUUUACUUGAAAACUGCGAGUGUGCAAAAUGCAGCAUUUCACAAUGGCUCUGGAUCCUGCCAUGUAAGAACACGGUCACAAUGCUCCCAAAGCACAGAGCUAAACUAGGCAAGCUGCUGUGCAGAGUCAAAAUGCACAAGGGAGCAGGUCUCUCUACUUAGACUGGCAGAACUUCAGACCUGCUCUCCCUGGCCAUGCCUGAGCUCUACCAGAGAACAAGGAGCUGGUGGCACCCCGAGGAAGGAGGUGAAGAUGAGGUGAAGCUCACUGAGAUUCAGCUCUCCCAAGAGCUCCACCUCCAGGUCAUGUUCUUCUGAGCCACAUCUGCAUCCAGGGCGAGGGUCUUAUUUCUGUUUGGCUCUUGAGUCUGUUGUCACAGAAGUCUCACUAAUAAGCUUCUUGGUAGGAGAGAACUGGGGACUAUUAAGUGCAGAAAGGUGGGAUUGCUCAGUUUUGGUUUUCCAUCUCACUAGGAAACUGGUGCUGCUUUGACAGCAGAGGCAACUGAGGAGGAAAACAUUGGAAGGGGCACUUCUGGGAAGACUGACAGACAGGAUAAUCAAAAUGAUUUAGUAAAAGACUUUUGUGGCAGAACAGGCAUGACAGAUUCAUGAGUGGGCAAAGGACUGGGAAGGGAAUAUAAAAAAGCAAGUGAAGAAAUUGCAAACAGUACAUCCUUACUGUGCCCUGGAAAUGAGAGAGAGGAGCCCGAGAGAGUGAAGUCCACCUCAGUCUGAAUUAGAGAGGUUCAAGGGAGAGAGGAGUGAUUCACAGAGAUCCCCAUAGAACAGACAAAGGAUCGUUUCUCCAGAUGGAGCAAAGGCAAAUUGGAGAAGGAAAGUCCCAUUAAGGCAAGUGAUUGAAAGAGAAGGUUGGUGAGCUGCUGUGAAACAGAGCUGAUAGUGUUUCCACAUUAAAAUAACUCUCCUGCCUUGAAUAACAGUUUGAAAGGCUCCUUUGUUAGCUCUGUACGAAACAGGGGCUCUUUGCUUCUCUUCAGGGGUUGAGCAAAUCUGCACAAAAUAACCAAUCCCACUUUGCAGCAGUUCACUGCUACCUCUGACCACGACACUCUGGUUGAUCUUCCUCAGAGCUUGUGGGAUCCAAGUGCACUUUUCAGUGGAACUGAAACUGAAACCAGGAAGCCCGGGGAGACCCUCAUGAAAUCAUGGAUUAAACAAUGGAGAGGCAUCAGCACAACGUGGUUAGCUGCUGCUGAUAAACUCAGAGCCAGUCAGAAGUUGUGUUAGAGGUGUCACCCAGAUUGAAGGCUGAGUAUCGUUCUGCACCUCUAUGGGAUAACAUGCUGAAGGGAUCUGGGCAAGCAAGGAAAGUGCCAGCUGAUGAUUCUCUUGUGCCUCACAUCCAGGAGAUUGCUGCAGAGUGAAGACAAACUCAGGGCUAAUUGAGCAGUACUUUAUCCCUCAGGAUUUCUCUAAGACUCCUCACUCAGUGGGCAGAUCUAAUAUCUUUACUUCCUAAAAUACCUUACGGAUGAAUAAUCCCAGUGCAGUCUUUGAGCUCACAUGUGGGUUAAGAUGUUCCAUGACAUAAACGAGUAUGCCAGAAUAUGGUUCUGUGCAAGCAAAUCCAAUAAGAAAUCAUCAAUGUAAAAAGAAGAGCCACUUAUAUGACCCAAGUGGGUACAUUUUCUAACAUUUUGGGUGCAAAGCAGGGUGGUCUGCUUCUAGCUAGAAGCUGCCCUGCGGCUUUUAAUAACAGCUUUUGCUCCCCUGGAUAGAUUUCCUCCACAUUUAGGAUAAGAAUAAGAACAGCUUAUGCCACAAAGUGUUUUAAAAGCUAACGGAUUAGUCUUGAAUGCAGAAAGAUUCAGACUGUUGCUAAGAUAGCAGGACUUUCCUGAUCUAACCCACUGCAGUUAUUUCCCUUGUCUGAGGCUUGCAAAGACACCAACCAAAUGUUUCUUACCUUGAUU